UUAAAGAGGCGUGUACUUAUUGAAAUUCCUGCAAUAUCCAAAACCGUGUACGCGCAUGCACCGGCAGCUCUGAACAUCACCAAAAGCGUGUGCGCGCAAAGAAGAAAUAUCCUAACAGGACAACGUAGACGGGGAGCCUUGUAAAAAGACACAUACUGAAAGUGCGAAAAGGAUUUCCCUCCUGAAUGACAUGCAGAUGUUUUCGUCGACGGACACAUACAGGUUAUCAUUACGACAAUGCGCGACGCCUCUCGCUGAUGUUCCAGAUUUCGUUACAUCUGCUCUCGCUCGUCUGCGGAAGAUCCAUCAUUGAGAUCUUGACAGCAUUACACCGGAUAUACUAUUUAUACCCAGACACACAGAGCAGCAAUAAUGCGUUUUGUCGAUUUUGUCACAGACGUUUGUUUUGCGAUGUAAUUUCAGCCGUCUCGCCUGCUUUCUAGAACGGAGGUGGAAAGGAACAGAACGGGGUUUUUUCACCGAAUGCAUUAUCACAACAAACCUCCCAUCCAUUAUUUAAUUGCUUCAUGAUCAAUUCCGCUGUGUCAGAAAGACUCAAGGACGGAUACAUCUUUACUGCUUCAAAUCAGACCGAAUCUUUAUUUAUCUCCAGUCGGUGGACUCGCGGCAGAAGCGCAUUUCUGAGGGUACCGGUGGGGUAGAUAGGGGGAGAUAGAGACGCCGGAAAUAGCAGAAAAUCACAGGAGGGUAGACGGUUGGGAGCAAGAGAGAAAAAAUGCUACCUUCGCAAGAAGCCUCAAAGAUUUACCAUGACAACUAUAUGCGUAACUCUCGAGCCAUCGGUGUCCUGUGGGCCAUCUUCACCAUCUGCUUCGCCACCAUCAACGUGGUGGUCUUCAUCCAGCCUUACUGGAUCGGGGACAGCCUGAGUACACCACACGCUGGUUACUUCGGGUUGUUCCAUUACUGCGUGGGCCACGGUAACUCGAACCGGGAGCUGAUCUGCCAGGGAACAUUUUCUGACUUCAGUUCCAUCCCGUCCGGCGCGUUUAAGGCGGCCUCUUUCUUCGUGCUGCUGUCCAUGGUGCUCAUUUUGAGCUGCAUCGCCUGUAUGGCGCUCUUCUUCUUCUGCAACACCGCCACCGUCUACAAAACCUGCGCUUGGAUGCAGCUGCUUUGCGCUGUGUGCCUGGUGCUGGGCUGUUUGAUUUUCCCAAAUGGCUGGGAUGCAGAGGUCAUCCGGGAUAUGUGCGGAGAGGAGACAGGAAAGUACACACUGGGAAAGUGUUCAGUGCGCUGGGCUUACAUACUGGCCAUCAUCGGCAUCCUAGAUGCUCUCAUCCUGUCCUUUCUUGCUUUUGUCCUCGGAAACCGCCAGAACGACUUUAUGCACGAUGAAAUCAAGGCUGAAAAUAAAGAUUUGGCAGUAUCCAGGCAACCUCUACGUGUAGGGUCUUCUCUUCGAGGGGAUGGAAUUGAGAUCCGUGAUACAAAGGACCCUCGAUUCGGUGUCCAGCGGUUUCCAUGAGGAGCCUGCAUCCUCCCUCCUUUAUCUCCUCCUCCAUCCCUCUCUCCUUGUCCUCAGGCCUGUGUCUCUAAACUCAGUCAGGAUGCUGCUAGUUCAGCUCUUUGUAAUAUAGAAAAAGACUGGAAUACACUUCAAGAAGAGAACAUAUUCAACAUACACCUAUUGAAAAACCAUGAGAAUUUAAAACCAAUAAAAAGAAGAAAAGAUCAGCUUUACAUAAACCAACAACUCUGGGAAAGUAACAAGUUACACAUAUUACUACUGUUAUUUAAUAAUGCUUUGAUGACAAUUAUGAUGAUAGUCAUGAUUAUGCUUGCAACAGCGAUAUUAUGUUCAGACUUUCAUAUUUUAUCUAAAAUGGGGAACAUAUUUCUAGCUUUAAGAAAAUAUAAUGAAUCGAUGCAUAUGUACAAGAGAUUGGGUGCUACUCUGGACACGCAGAUGAAAAGGAAAAACAUCAAGCCAAAAAUUUAAAUAAAACAAAAAAAGGAAAAAAAAAAAAAAAAAAAAGAAACAUUUUGUACAGCACAAGAUGUAAUUUUGAAGACCAUCUUUUUCUGACAAAUUUUGAAUUCCCCUCUUUGUACAUGUGGUCAGCAAUCAGAGUUAAUUGAUGAAUUAAAUAGUUAAUUUGUAAAUUCUAUAUUUAUAUGGAUACAGGGUACAGCCAUUGAGCAUUUAUUCACCCACGUCAUAUUCCUUCUACAAACUGGAGUGGAUUUAACAGAUUUAUUAUUUUAUCUCUCAUGGUUCACCUGAAGGUACCAAUAAUCAUUCUAUGACUGUGCAGCAGAAAAGACUAACAACGAUUAAAUACACCACUAUCCCACAGACAUCUCAUUUGGCAUGCAAAUCUCUUCUUACUUUUCUUUAUUUAAAGAUUAUUCCUCUCUUGGUAUAUCCUUUUAUCAUUGAGCGAGACAGUUUAAUCAAUAGCGAUUAGCACAUGAUCCUUUUCUGGACAUUAAUUUCAUAACUGGUCGUUUUCUGCAGCUUUUUGCGGUCAUGAGACCGGGGUGAAAUGUUCUCGCGUUGUUUUCAUGAAUCAUUUAUCUUGAGGAAAAGCCCUGCAUGCUGCAUUUUACUCAGGCCCGACAUGUUCUUAUCCGCCAUCUCCCACAUUAGAGCACAAAGUUAACAGUAACACAUCUGUAGGUCACUACUACUAGUCAUGGAAAUGACUACCUCUGUGUUUCCGAGGCAAGAUGUGUAGCACAACUAUUCAGCAUAAACUCACCAAACAUUCAACGGACUGUCUUCAUAUGCAAAACGCGACGACCGAUUCUUGUAACGUUGACAUCAAUAGACCCAACUGCAAACGAGACAAAUAUUUUGUUAUAAAUUUCUGAAACAUCUGCACCACGGUGCACUACUCAAGCGAUAUUCUGAAUUUGUGGGAAAUUCCAUACCGGUCGCAGGUUUUCAUUGUUUCUGUUGUGUUUUUUACCGACACCUCCCUCCGCUUUGUGUUAAACGAUCUUGUAAUGUGUCAAGAACUAACACAGACCUGCAACGUGUACUGGACAACGGCGGUUAAGAUCAUCUCAAGAGGAAAGCCCUUGAGUGGUGGAUUUCGGAGAUGACAUGAGAAGGACUCAGAGCUGAAAAUGAAGUGUGAUGUACUCCAUGGUGCUUAAACCCUCCUCACCCUUAGAUAAAGACUGCUUCGCUGCUCCCCAUCUACCUCAGCCUUGAACCCCUCCUACUCUAUUUCCUUGAUACGCUCCGCUGGGAGACAAGCUAGAGAUGAAUGCUGAGAUCAGACAGAGAGUGGGGGUAUGAGGAGCAGGAAGAAUAGACUGCUUGGGCAUAGAGACUAAUGGCUUUCUAUUCCAUAAUCUUAAAAUGCAGCUUCUCCAUUAACUGCCGGCAUCCCGUCAUUCAACUACACUACCCUUACAAGGUUAGGAAAUGCCAAGACAUUUUUUUUAAACUUAUUAAACUAGGACGCAUCAAAUUUAUCAGAAAUGUUUUACAAUGUUACCAAUGCCGCGUUAUUCAGAAGAGUCUUACAUGCGCAGCAUUCAGUAUUUAAGCAGCUUAUUAAGACAUUCUCCUGCUUUCUUCAGCACGUCCCAUGAGUGUUUUGGCUUGUUUUGGCUCUUCCCGUGAACCUCAGGUCAACACUAGAAAACUUAAAUUCAUACCUUUCUAUAAAUGGACUUAAUUGUGUACGGUUCAGUACAUCUUCUAGCUGGUGUUUGCUCCUCAAACUAGAGAUGGGCUGUCCACUUCUCUCCAUGUGGUAGUUACUUUCUUAAAAAAACUCUGUUUCUUUAAAAAAAAAAAAAAAAGCCGUUGUUCUUUUUACCUGCAGUCUUAUUAUACUGUACAAUCAUUUGUGUUGAGUUCAAAACAGGCACAUUCAAAAGAAUUCUUAAAGACUUUCUAACAAAUGUUUGUAUCAGACUGGAGCGACGGACGGCUUCUGAAACCAGCUCUUUGUCAUCACUGCUAAAAUUGUAUUUGAAAAUAUACAAAAGUAGUUAUUUCAAGCAGUAAUUUUUAUUUUUACUGCUCGGCAGACAGAAGGAGCAAUUUCUUUCAAAAACAUAAAAGUGUCUUGGUUUUGCCAAACUUGGUAGUGUAUUAUUUACCAUUUCCAUGUCAUAUUGUACAUACUGUACAUUCAAAGCCAGUAAAAAUCAUAGCCAGUAAAACUACAAACAAAAAAAAUGGAUAUUUCAAGCUGGUGCACUGUGCAUUAUUUGACAGGAACGACACACACAACCAGUCCCCCGAAUGACAACUAGUUAUUUUUGAAAAUUUGGCCACCUCAGGGGCAGCGUAUUUCUGUGGAAUAUAAUUUCUAUUCAGAGCGAAAUGAUUUUUCCUGUAGCCUUCACCGAGCAAUUGUUACGGCGCAGCAACUUUAACUUAUUCUAAAUAAUAUGUUGCGAUUCCAGACCAUCCACCUUGCACUAUUUACGAUGGGUUGUUAAAAUCUAUCACACAUUACCAUAACCAUUGCUGGGUUUUUUUUUUAAAUAAAUUGAUUUAUGCAACAUUUUCAUCUUGACGCAGUGUAGAUGUAGAAAGAAACUUUUGAGAGAAAUGUGUGGACUUGCCAGCACUCGGAUCAUUGUGUAAAACUACUUUGCUAUUUAAGUGUCGGUCUUAGCCGUUCUCUUCAUUAGCACACAACAUCCGUUCAGUUAAUCUCUUGUGAAACGUCAUCCGACAUCCAGCCAUUAACAUCUCAACUUAAAAACAAGCGUUGAUAGACACGUGGUACUGAAGGCUUAGUAGUGUUUGAUUUAUUUUUAAGUUUUAUUCUUUCUAUUCUGUCUUGACUUUUUUUUAUUAUUGACCCAACAAAAAGAAAAAAGAAAAACGUGCCAAAAUUAAAGAGCGAGACUGCUGUGGAAAGAUAUGACAUGGUUGAUUUCUGAAGUUCUCGUUGUCUUUUCUUGUGCUUCACGUGUUUAAUGCCUCUCUUUUGAAGAUUACUGCUUUUUGCUCUAGUUGUAAAUGUUCCCCCUCUGAUCUUUCUGGAAUGCUGUAAUCUCUAAAUUAAACAAACGUGUAUAAAAAAUAUUUCUGCAAGUCAUAGGGGAGUGCAACAUAACUGACAUCAUCGCCAUCACUGAAACAUUGUUGGUGUUGUUGUUUAAAAUAUUAAAAAAAAAAAAAACAUUGA